AUGGAUGAGGACUAUCAUAAAGCCUACGUCAAAAGCGCAAAUCAAAAGCAGUGUCUACAGGCAUGUUCUUGGCGACCAGACAGUACAAGAUGUUACCCAGGUUAUUGUGAAGGAGGACUUGCAAAUAAAUGCAACUGUACGAAAGGAUUUACUGGAAAACAUUGUGAACAAAUGACAGAAUAUGCAGAUAUUCUUGACAACCUUUUCAAGCUAAAACACAAUCACCACGUGUUGACUAAUCCCUCAGACUCGGUAGACCCUGGUCCUCAUCCUGUGGUAUGGUCUAACUAUAAAGACUGGAAGAUUGUAGAGACAAUAUGGAACGCUAAAUAUGCAAUCAAGGAGAAUCUCCAUAGGGAUGAAAAUCAUUAUAUUCAGCAGUUCGUUUAUGGUAUUAUAAGGGCCUCUACUACCUUAAAUUUUACUUACACUGCUUUGGACCCAGUGAAGAGCAUCAAGAACACCACAGACAUGGACCAUACAAAUUCAUCAGCGACGUCCAAUUCUACUCAGGAAUCAAUUUUUAACACCACUUACAUUCCCAGGACGUCACAAAUCAUCAAUGUGUACAACUGUCCCGAAGCAUCACCUGCGAAACCGGCAACCUCUUCUUUUCAGUGCAAAAAAAAUUUUCCUUUGGAAUCUGGAUCGAAACCUUUUAACUUCAGCAAUGGCGAUACGAUGACAUUUACAAUACAGGCCGAAAUAGGAGGACAUCUUGUUAUGGAAAAUCGAGAACGAAAAGUUAAUGAAACUCAUUACCUGGUGGGAACUACUAAAACUUUACAGUAUGUUUAUCGUUGGGACUUUGUUGCGCCUUAUCACUGUUCGGAAUACAAUACAAUAAAUGGAGACUGCAAAGAUCCACUUGUUGUACCCGAUCUAACAGAAAAUUCAACUAUAACAAUAACAUGGAAUGAUUGGUAUGACAAUCUAGCCGGAAUAAAGGAAUAUAAAUAUGAAUUAUGUACAGUCAGCGGAAAUCUUAUAUUGAAAGAGGACGCAAAACCGAAAGACAACGGAAUCAUUUUUUUAAAUGAAUCAUCUAAAACACUGAAACUCCCAGGGGCGUCAGGACUCUUCUCUAUCCAUCUGGCAGCUUAUGACAAAGCUGGAAAUUAUAAAACGACCAGGCGUUUCGUUCUGUAUGACAACCAUUCGCAUGUCUCACACAACCCAAAUCAUGUAACACGUGUCCAAACUGCAUAUUAUAAAACAAACUACACAUGGGUUGUUGAUGAUACAAAGAUAGUUGAAGUGCAAUGGAAAAAGAGAUUUCGAAAUUCUAAUCAUAGUUAUUACAAAUGGCUAAAUGAAAUUUCACCGAGUUAUGGAAUUACAGAGGAUUACGAUGAUUACUCUGGACAGCGAUCCGUCACUAAAGUGAAAAACAUCGAAGGAUGUGUUGAUUUUAAAGUCCAGUUUUACGUCUAUGAUGGAUCAGGCUUGAAAGAUUUUACAGGGUUAUCAUCUGUGAGCGACAUUUCCACAGAGUCAGAGACUUUAAACAUGGAUUGGUCUGAUGGUGACAAGGCAAUCAUCAUCGUUGUAGCCAUCGAUAUUUUUAAUAAAACUUUGAACGACACUCUUACGAUAUAUCGAGACUCCACUCCUCCAAUUGUAGAGAACGUAUGGUUAACACGAGGAGAUAGAGUUAAUAUAAGUGUCCACAGGCUUGAGGAAUUCAGAGAAAUGACAAUUGAAUGGUUGGCUUAUGACUACCACAGUGGCAUCGAUAGCAUCUACUGGAGAUUGUAUGACAAUUUUACCGGAGAAAUCAUUCUUCAUGGCCACGAAGAUUUGUUUGCUCAAGGAUCAUAUAAUGAUAUUACUGAGUGCAGUCAGAAUUAUAGUGACUAUAGCAGAGGACCAAACUGCUACCAAACAAAUCACUGGGGAGCUUAUCAUCGACAUUUUCAAGUAAAACCUGAGAUUAAGAGACAUGGAGGCCUCGUGCAUGACAAAGACAGUGGUACACACGAUUCCGACUAUUUCCUGGAGGUUAAUGCGACAAACAAAGCUUUGUUAUCUACAGUGAUAACGAAGAAGAUAACUAUUGAUAUUUCACCUCCACACACCGGAUCUGUACAAGACGGAAUCAGAGGAACUAGUGAGGUGGACUUCCAACAAAGCAAGACACUGAACGCUCACUGGGACGGAUUCUUUGACAAAGAGAGUGGUGUCAUGUUCUACAUGUAUGGCUUCCACACGAAACCAAUUCCUGCAGAUGGUUUCAAACUGGAUAACAGCAACCCUCUUUUACAAGAAACAUAUGCAACAGAUGUAACUCACACAGUAGCCACCGAGGGGACGCAUUACGUUUGUGUUGUCGCCUACAAUCGAGCGCUGGAACCGUCUGAGCCGGUCUGCUCUGACGGCGUUACAGUGACUACAACGGUACCAAGUGUGUCAGAGGUGGACAUAACCAAUGCUUACGUCAGGGAAGGUUUAGUAACAGACAUAGGGAAAACGACUUAUUGGGUGGUCAGUAGAAACAGACAUAGGAGAUUAAUUGCUAAUCCGACAGAUGACUGUGUGAGGAAGGCUGUACCAUUAUCCAACAUUGACAUCUUUCCUAUCGAAAAACACAAGAAUGGUUCAUACGUUAAUGUGAAUGGAUCAGUGUUUUGUGCAAAUAAUUCAAGGACAUCCGCCAUUUUGAGUCUUGCACUGUCCGCAUCAUCACACAUCACUCUAUCCUGGUCCGCCAAUGAAACAAACAUCCAUGAUUAUGAGGUUGGCUUAUCCACAGUAGUUGGAAGCACAGCACCUGAUUUACUUUCCUUUAGAUCUACAAAACAACAUCGCCAUAUUUAUCUGAUGCAUACUGAUUUACCAAAGGGAGAACCAUUCUAUUUCAUCAUUAAAACCAUUAGCAAGUCGAACAUUGAAGGCAUACAGUCUAUAGGACCAAGUUUCGUCGAUACCACUCCACCGGCUUUCUCCCCACCAAUAACAGUCAAGCAUCAAGAUGGACAUUUGGUCGUCUCGUGGAAUGGAAACAGUUUUAUUGAUACAGGGGAUCCAUUUCCUCUUUCUCUUCAGUAUGCUGUUGGUCACACAAUUAAGGGCACACAAGUACGGAGGUAUUCGAGUUUAUCGGCUGGUGCCAACUGUACUGUAAAGGAACCACCAACAUGUACAGCUAUCCCUAUAAAUGAUACUGAGUGGAGACUGCAUGGUAACCACACGUACUACGUCAUGAUAAAAGCCGAGAACGCAGCGGGUCUCGCUACUUUUGGUGUCUCAGAACCUUAUAUACACAUUGUGCAGCUUCCUUCAACUGGAAGUGUUAUGGAUGUAGCGGUGUGUUUAUUUAUUUAAUAUAUAUAUAUAGACGUAGAAGAUAUUGAUUAUACUACUUCGAUGAAUAGCCUCUCUGCAAGAUGGACGGGAUUUUCUCAUGCUUACCUUGAUGUAAUGUACAGAUUUCAAAUAGGAACUACACCUGGCUCUGCGGACGUUGUUCCACAAAGAGAAGUUGGGAUGAAUACUUCCCAUAUCGAACAGGGACUUUCUUUGACAUUUUUUAAGACUUACUACAUAACCGUAACGGCUGUAACGUCAGCUGGAAACGUACAGGCAACCUCAGAUGGAAUAACAGUUGUAAGAGAAAAUGCAAGUUUGACUGGUAUAUCAGUGUUUGACGGAGAACCCUGCAUUGAACAAGAGGAAAACACAACAAAAUCUGUGAUUCACCACGACUGGGAUAUCAUGACAAAUUGCUCAAACGAAACCGAUUUCCAAUCUUCCACUGAUACUUUAAAUGCAUUUUGGAAAAUAUCAGAGGAAACGGUAUCAUACACUCCAGAUAUCUACUAUUCCAUCGAAGGAAAAUCACUGUAUGGGGAUGAUUGGAGCGUUUUCCAAAACUUCAAGUCCAGCCACGGUCACCAGGAAGUCCAUGUAAAUGGGUUAUUGUUAGAUCCUGGGAAAUUGUAUCGUUUUGCCCUAAAACCUUGUGCCAGAGAGAUCUGUUUCUUGCCAAUACACAGCAAUGGCAUCAUGAUUCUAGCCAACCCACCCAUAGCAGGUGGCAUACAAGUUGUUCAUGAAAAUUCAUCUGCAACUGAAAAGCUAAACGUUGUGAUGGACAUGUUUAAAGACCCAGACAUUCAAAUACCGAGUGAAAAGUAUGGGGUUAUCAACAAAUAUGAAUGGGCAAUAACGGACCAAUCAGACAUCGGAAGACUGCAUACUCCUUGGCAUGAGCUAAAGAAUUUUGAAGUUAAACCUGACCAAUAUAAAAUGGAAUUCACCAUACCAUUGACAGGAAAUAUGGACUUUUCGAAAUGUCGACGAUUAACUGUGCGAGGAUACAACAAAGCAAGACUUUAUUCAACAGUUUCCGCUGAUAUCAAGGACUGUAGUGCAUUUGAUCCACGAAACAUCAAACCAAACAUUGUCAUUGACGCUGUUGGAGCACAGGAUCCUGGCAGAGAUGGCUAUGGAGAAGCAAUUCUUCUACAGACAAACGCCAGGUGGCCAUAUGUAGACAGGGACUAUACUCCAAAUAAGAACUACAUAUCAGCUGUGUGGCCUUCUCUACGAUAUAAUUCCUACACCGUGGCAGUGAUCAAGGCCCGGAAUAUGGAUAUUACUAGUUACUACCUGCCGCCAUCUUCUCUAUCCCUCAGUGAUCCCUGUAGUCAUCCGAAUUCUAUCAAAUGUGUCACCACUGAGCACGAAUUCAUCAAUGUAAAGUUUAGUGACAGUGAACUUGAGCAUGGUCAACGAUACAUCGUAUGUAUUCAUACGGAAUAUACUGAAAUACAACAUGAAAAAUGGACUCAAAUACUACCGGAAAUUAACGAAUGCAGUGACGGAGUUGUGGUUGAUCUUACUCCUCCGUCAGCGGGAAAUGUUUGGAUUGGCAAACAGGGACAGCAAUACCAGACAUCAACAACGGACCUGUAUAUAACAUGGGAUUCAUUUAAGGAUGUUGAAGAAUUUCAGACCAUUUCUCAUGCAUCUGGAGUGCAAGCUUACCAUCUUGGAAUCGGUACCUCUGUUGGUGGGAAUGAUGUUGUUGCAUUCAUAAAUGUUGGAGUUGUAAAUCAUAAAGCCUUACAUGGACUUACGUUGCAAAGUGGGCACAAGUACUAUGCUACAGUAAAAGCAACUGAUUUUGCCAAUAGAACAACUGCUCAAACUUCCUCACCAAUAACUGUUGAUACCAGUCCUCCAAUAAAAUCUGACAAUCCUAUCACUAUAACUGGACGUCACAUAACAUCUGUCUCGGAAAUUGAAGCAUGUUGGAAGAAAGUGUUUAGUGAUCCUGAGAGUGAUAUAGACUUCUACAUGUGGUCUGUUGGUUCCGAGCCCGGGUAUUCUGACAUCAUGGAUUACACCCGUGAGGAUACUGAAUGUGGAGCAAAUGAUAAAAAUCACAGACUUGAUAUCAAGGAAGGACAUGCAUAUUACAUAAACGUCAAGGCCAUCAACAAAGCUCGUCUGGUAUCACUUGCCACUUCCUGGGCCUACACUGUUGACCUCUCUCCUCCUUUUGAAGGCCACGUGUUUGAACUUUCGCCAUCAGGAAACAAUAAAUGGGACAUUGAUUAUCAAACCGAUAUGUCCAAAUUAAAGAUUUAUUGGGAAGGAUUUCAUGAUCCCCAUUCCUCAAUUAAAGAAAUUUUUAUAACCGUAGGAACAUGUAUUCGAUGUGAUGAUGUAAUUGGUCGUCAAAGUGUCGGUCUUGUGACAGAAAUGACGGUAGAUUAUGUCCACUUUGGUUCGGGUUUAACCUACUAUACGUCGGUAACAGCCUGUAACACCGCAGAGUUUUGUACCACAGCUUACUCUGAUGGUGUCAUCAUGGACAAUAGUCCUCCAAAUGUGGGCGUGGUUACAGAUGGGACAUCCUCAUACGACAUGGAAUACCAGUCAAUUAGAAAUUGGAUUGGUGCGAAGUGGUAUGGUUUCACUGACCCACAGUCUGGAAUAUCGCAUUAUGUUUGGUGGGCAGGGACCACGCCGGGGGGUAACGAUAUUCUUACGGCAAAAGAAGUCCACUUGGUUGAAGAAGCAACUGCGUAUAAUUUCUCACAGGAACUACCAUUGUCAAAGCGUAUAUAUGUAACUGUUCGCGCAUAUAACAAAGCAGGAUUAUUUGCUGACAGUGUUUCUAAUGGUUUUACCAUUGAUGAAACACCUCCUGUUAUAACUAGUGGUCCCAGAUUUACAAGAGAUUCCUCACUGGUUGAAAACACGCAAAUAUACAGAUCACUGGUAAAGGUUGAGUGGAAAGUAGACGACCCAGAAUCACACAUAGAAAGGCAGUAUCUAUCCCUGAAAUCUCAUAUUGGUGGUGAUUUUAACUCUUCUUCCAUGCAGGUAAAUGGCAUUGCACGUGACUUUGUUCUCAGUGAGCUGAAGCUGCACGACGGAGUUAAAUAUUUUGUCACUCUUAUAUCCUGUAAUGGAGCUCAAAUGUGUUCUUCAAGUACUUCCACUGGAAUUCAAGUGGACAGCACUCCACCAACCCAAGGUAUGUUUGCGGUAAAGACCGAUCAUGCUGUCGAUGUAGAAUUGAGUCGCCAUGUGUCUGGUUUUAUGACCUGGUGGAAAUAUGCAGUUAACCUUGCUUGGUUAGGAUUUUCUGAUGCCCACUCGGACAUCAUCCAUUACUUUGUUAACGUGGGUUCAACUUACAUGGGAGCCGACUUAAACACUGAAAAGGGUGUUCCAAAAAGGGUAAAUCAUAGCACAAAUGGAGCUGAUAAAUACGACGAAGGGAAGGUUCAGGCAUACCGAAUUUCCACUCAAAAAUUAUCAUCACAUGAUUAUGUGUAUAUCAGUGUUUGGGCUGUAAAUAAGGCAGGACUAUCAAGUCCUAUAGUUCAUUCCAAAUUCAAGAAGUUGCCACAAGGACUACUUUCAUUGGUGAGGCGAUGUGAGGCAGAAGACUGCGAGGGACAGUGUGUAUGCGCUCCGCAAGAUAAAGUCUGUCCCAAUAAUGGUUCCUCUUGUAAUGAUGUCACAAUCGGAAAUAUAAACAACCUAAUUAAAGUAAGUGACCUGAUAUUUGGAGCUUCAGAUAUAAAUUUCACACCUAGUAAUACAGUACUGCAAGGUCGAUGGUCAAUUGUCCAUAGACAAGGAAGUCAACCUUUCAUGUACCAGUGGAGUGUUGGCUUUACAGCACACAAUGUACCAGUAGGAAUAUUUGACCCACAGCACAAUCGUGUAUGGCAUGAUGCAGGGCAGAAUACGUUUAUUACUUAUACUACUGAUCCAGGUCAUUAUCUCGAAGAGGGUGUUUCCUACUCAAUGUUUGUUAAAGCAUGGUAUAACAAAAACACGUAUGCAGUCUUCAAAUCGAAGGGUGUAGUCAUAGAAACACAAAAGCCUGCCGUCGUCGAUAGUCUUGGAAGUUCUAUAACUGAAAGAAUGAUAUCUAGUGCAAUGAAAGAUGAUGAUUUUGUAAAGGAUGGCAUUGCAUUAAUGGUGAAUUGGACAAAUAAGUUUGUGGACGUGAAGGAGACAAUCAAAUCCUUUCAUGUAUACCUAAGUACAACACCAGGAGGUUACGGUGUUUGGGACAGCGGAGAAGACUUAUCCAAUACAGACACGACAUUCUUGGUGCGCGGUCUCUCGUUGUCUUCAGGAGUGCAGUAUUUCACUAACGUCAUCGCCUACGGCUUAUCGGGAAUCCACAACACAGAAUCUUCAGACGGAUUCAUGAUUGAUGACGAAAAACCGAGAUCCGGGAUAGUUUUUGAUGGAAUAGGCUUGCAUGAUCUGGAGUUUCAGAAUGCAUCAAAUUUAGUUCAAGCUAGAUGGCAUGGAUUUUUGGAUACAGGAUCAGGGAUUAGGAAUUACUUUUGGUGUGUAGGGAACACGACAACAAUCUCAUCAGUGCACUCAAAUACUGAAUGCAGUAUAUGGGAAUGGGAGAGGGUAGGGAUACACAUUUCAGUCUCCAGAACGCUUGCUGUUGAACUAGCAAAUGGAAAAAUCUACUACAGCAAAGUCUAUGCCGUGGACAAUGUGGGAUAUAAAUCUGACAUCGUGGUUUCUGAUGGAGUCAGGAUCGACACCACUCCUCCACAACCUGAGUACCUUUAUCACACUGACAAAAACCUUCUGCUGAACCCGUCUUUUGAAAUAUCCAGAAACUCAUUAGUAAUUGAAAAUAUCAAUGACCAAAACAUCUGUUCCCUUGGUAAUGACUUCAUUCCUAACUACUGGAAUCUGACGCAUGGCAGUUGUGCUUCCGUUGUAUCGUCUUUGAAGAAUUUUGCUAGAGAUGGAAAAUCAUUUCUUCUAGUAAGAGGCAGUGUUAAACAAGACAUAAAUGGACUUCAAAGGGAUAAGCUUUAUCGCGUCGACUUCUUUUCCAGCCAUCUUUCAAUGCGUGUAGCAACAAUAGCCAAUAAAGAAGGGUUUGUAAACAUCGGCAAAAACAACCAUGUGUUUCUUCUUUAUCCCAAGGCUUACAGAUACGAUGAUCACGAUGUAUCUGAAUUCCGUGAAAUUGUUUCUUGGCAUAAGCAUAGCUUCUUUUUCAAAGCAGAAAAAGAGAAUACAGCUAUAGAAAUCGGCAGUACAGACAUUAAAACGGGUCUGUUUUUAGACCAAAUUACAAUACAAUGUGUGGAAAGGAACAUUAAUAACAGUACUGACUCUCUCGUGUCUGCCCACGUCGUCUAUAUACAUCAAUGGGGUUCUAUGCAUGGGGCCUGGAGUUUCCUUGAAGAUGUCAGUCCUAUCACAGAAUUUCAAUGGGCGAUAGGGUACACAAAAGGUGGUACACAGUUGCAGGAGUUUACCAGCGUUGGGCUAAGCAACUUUGGAAUUAAUACUAAUGUUACCCUCGUCCAUAACACAUAUGUACACGUAACAGUGGUGGCUUCAAAUGCAGCAGAACUUUUUGGAAUAUCGUACUCUGUUCCUGUUCUUGUUGAUUUGACGUCACCAGUUAUUAUCACCGUAAACGACGGGAGGUUAUGGAAUGGAGACGAGGAUGCUUGGACAGACAAUGAAGUCGCAGUAAACUUUUUGGUGACAGACGAGGAAUCUGGCAUUGAUUAUUGCGAGUGG